UGUACAAUCACUCUCUUCACUAACUAUCAUCGCACCCAGGAUGAGUCGAGUCUUCCUUGAGAGAGGGUCUAGCUCAGGUUUGAUGGCUUCGAACGACAGCAUAAGCUCACGAACCCUGAGAGCAUCAUCGGCAUCCACCAUAUCAGCGUUCAUUCCGACACCUUCCACAUCUACUAGCGCUGGUACCUCAUCCCGUGGUUUAGGCCAGCCCACGCCUCCACUACCGACCGCCCCGUCUGGUCCACUACUUGUUAAUUACUGCCUUGAGUCCUAAGGCAUGGAGGACCGAGUAUCCUCGAAUCGGCCAGUUCGCCAUGACAGAGAGCGAUGACAUAAUUGCCGCUGUCCCCAGUGGUCUUUUGCACUUCAAGCGAGUAAACGACCAUGUCUCCAAGCCCUGGUCUGAAGGUCGGCUACUCCCUAAUACGGCCACGCUAAACGACUCAUCUGUGUCUGGUGUAGCAGCCCAAUCAGAUAAUUCACGCUUAUGGGUGUACUGCGUUUCGGGUGGCAAGCUACAUAGCUUUUAUCGUUCCACGAAGGAUGGGUCUUCAUGGGUCAAAGAUUCCCAUUCUCCUUUCCCUAAAUACCGUAUUAGCGGUACACCAGCUGUUACCUCUAGCGGCGGGUGGGACUCGCAGCGGUGGAACCUAGUUGUUCCUUGUCAAUCAGGUGGCCUCUUGCACACUUCUACUAAAGGGUCUUCUGAAAAAAUGCUCUGGGAGCCAAUUGACCAUAUCGCCAAAGAUCUAGGCUUUAUCUCAUCUGUGUCUGUCGCGACGAUCCAACGAAACUCGGGAAGUUUGUACGGGUAUAGCUUUGAGAAAACAGACAUCGUGAUGGUCUGCGUUGCAAGGGGUCGGCUGCACACGGCUGAAGGAAAGUUGGCACAAAGCCCGUCGGGGUAUUCCAGCCCCCUCAAGUGGGAAGCGCAGGCACCAACAAGGAUCCUUCACCCAGGUGAAGUAACAGGCAACCCUAUGCUCAUCAAAAAAGACAGCGCAAACCAAUUGGAUUUACUAGUCCCUUCGGCUGAGGGAGGCAUAUUCCACUUCAUCCGAACGGCAUCUACCCCAGACGAAUGGCAUAUGAUUGCGUGUAUCACGUUUCAUCAGGGCCUCCCCGCGGCAUCUUGUUUGGCUAUACAUUCCAAUACAUCUUACGGCAAGAGAAAGUUUCGCGCAGUUAUUCAGAGCGGAGGUCGGCUAUACUACGUUAUGACAACAGAAAGUGCUAAACCUUGGUCUGGUUCCUACUUACGGCCCAUAGUAUCGCCGGGUCCUUUAUCUGGUUAAGUGUACUAUUGUUUCACACGCUUAGGGAUUUUUGCUGUCUCAGUUAUCCGCAGGUUCUCCGAUAUUGAACACCGACUACUGUUAGUGACGAGUAUUUGACGAAACGAGGACUUCUGACAGAGGCUACGAUCGCAAGAGGCUAGAAAAGAUCUUGGGUGCAAGUCAAAUUCAUUUGACUUGUGAAGCAGGGGAGAGUGGCCAGAGGGGCAAAGGAGGUAACAUUAUUAAUAAGUAGGAACCCCGGGAAUUCAGAGAACUUGGUGUAAUUACACCAAGCCUGGGAUGAGCUCAAAACAAAUAGGCGCAGCUAUUUUAGCAGCAGCUAAAUUAUAUUGGUUUCCUUGCCUUUAAGAUAGACUGGUUCCAUAAUUCAAUAUAUUAAUUACUGG